AUGGGUGUACCUGUUGUAACAACUGAAUCUGCAAAAGAAUGUGAUGGUGGACCAGCUAUUGGUGUUAUUGAGCUUGGUGUCACUCCAAGCGCCUUCCUUUUCCGAGUUGCAUUGCCUGGUAUCAGGAAUGAUCUAAGUAAGGUGCAAUGUGAGGUCCAAUGUGAUGGAAAGGUUCUUAUACAGGGUAUUGUAACAGAAGGCACUGGACUGACACAACAAUCAGUGAGCAUAUGCCAGACGAAAGUUCAGCAAAUGUCCUCUCCUGGGCCGUUCACCAUUUCCUUUAAUCUGCCUGGACCAGUUGAUCCCCGAUUAUUUUCUCCUAGGUUCCGUCGUGAUGGCAUUCUGGAAGGGGUGGCUGUGAGAUUCAUUAGGCCAAGUGAUCCAGCCAAUGGCUGGUCCCUACCUUUUUGA